AUGUCCGCGACCCCGGACGCCAUGCGCGCCGUGCGCGAGGCGGUCGCCGGCCUGCCGCCCGUCGUCUGCUACCACCACCCCUGCCAUGAUGGCGUGUUUGCCGCCCUCGCGGCGCACGUGCACUUCUCCCGCCGCGGCGUGGCGGCGCGCUUCUGGCCGCUGGCCGUCUUCAGGGAGCCCUCCAUCGCGGCCAUGGGCCUGCGCGGCGACGAGGCAGUCUAUCUUCUCGAUUACACCGGCCCCAAGGGCUUUGCCCGCGAGCUGGCCGGACACUGCGCCAGGGUUGUGGUGCUGGACCACCACAAAACAGCGGCGGACCAGCUGGGGGUCGACGUGGGCCAGUCAGAUCACCGUCACCAGCAGCAACAACAACAGCAGCAGCAGCAGCAACAGCAGCAGCAAAAAGCGCCGCAGCAGUUGCAACAGCAGGAGCGGCUGGAGCAGCAGCAGCAACAGCAGGGGAAGCAGCAGCAGGAAGAGGAGCAGAAGCAGCAGCAGGCGCCUCAGCAGCAGCAGCAGCUGUCGGAGCAACAGGAGGGGGAGGAGGUGCAGCAGCAGCAGUUGCAAGGAGUCAGCGCGGGGCCUGUUGCGGACCCCCUGCCGCCCAACCUGCACGUACUCCUGGACAUAGGCCGCAGUGGCGCCGAGCUGGCGCUGGACUACUUUGGCCGGGAGGGCGUGCCACAGGCCACCCUGCGCGCCUUUGGGUACGUGCAGGACGCGGACCUGUGGGCGUGGCAGCUGCCGGGCAGCCGCGAGUUCCACGCGGGGCUGUCUGCGGAGGGCCUGGAGUACGACGUGAACGGCAACCCCCGCGUGUUUGAGGCGCUGCUGGCGCUGGACGUUGACCGAGUGGUGGAGAGGCCCGCAUCGAGCGAGUGGAUCGACCUCAAAUCUCCACCCCAAGUUUCAACCCCCGCCCACGACCCCGCGCUCUGCCUCAAGGGCGCCGCGGUGCUGCGGGAGCAGCAGCGCCAGAUCGCGGCCGCCGUCGCGUCCGCCGCGCCGCUGUCCCUGGGCGGCGCCGCCGGCGCGGGCCGCGGCUGGGGCCGCGGGCUGGGGUGCGUUGUGAGCGGCGACCUGGUGGGGUGGCGCAGCGCCCUGGGGAACGCGCUGGCCAGGAGGAGCGCGGAGCUGGGGUUAGAGCCUGUUGGGGUGGUGGCCUACACAGAGGAUGGCAUGGCGCCGGGGAAGAUCAAGGUGAGCCUCAGGAGCGUCGCUGAGUGGGACACCACGCGCGUCACGGAGGCGCUGGGCGGCGGCGGCCACCGCGCGGCGAGCGCGUGCAUCGUGGCGGACGCCGACUUUGAGGGGUGGCGGCUGCGGGGGUCCUGA